UGUCUCGUUGAAGGGUUUAGCCGUUCACCUUAGAUGUAUAUAUUUCGAGGAUUUGACAUUCAUUAUUCUCAAAUGCAUAUCCAAUAAUGACGACCUGAUUCGAUGAACGGAGGCAAAGUCUUGAGACAAUUGUGAAAAUUGCCACUUUUACCCGUCAAACAUGGCGGCGAGAAAUGUCAAACAGGCCGCGGGGUUAUACGACCCCGCGGAGAAACUGCAGUCGAACACAUUGAAGCGUCAUCCUAAGAUGGACCUGAACAAAGCUGACCUGUUACGUUUACUAAGUUACCUGGAAGGAGAGCUCCAAGCAAGGGAUGUUGUCAUAGCAACCUUGAAGGCAGAGAAAGCUAAACAAUUACUCUAUCAGGCCAAAUAUGGACGGUUUGGAUUAGGUGAUCCUUUCCAGGCAUUGCAGAGGGAUUCUGACAAUAUGAAAGAUAACACCUUUGAUGAGUCCGCUAUCAAAUCUAUGUACGACAACCAGUUGGCACAACUGGAGAAUCUCAUUGCUACACAACGGAAGGCACAACUAAAGAUGAGGGAGCAGUUAGCUACAGCUGAGAAACGCUACCACAAGGUAUGUAGCGAGUUGGAAGAUGAGAAGCGAAAGCAUGCUCAGGACACUGCCCAGGGUGAUGAUGUGACGUACAUGCUGGAGAAAGAGAGAGAACGCCUUCGCCAGGAGAUUGAUUAUGAGAAAGGUCAGAAUAAAAAACUAGAGAAGGAUCUUAAAAAGACACUUGCAAGUUUAGAGGAAGAACGUGCAAAUUCUGUGAAACAUAAACAGGUGGCGGUUAUGCUUAUUAAGGAACAAAAGAAAUUAAUUGAAAGACUUGUUAUUGAUAGACAGAAGUGUAAUCAAUAUGACCAAUUGUUGAAAGAUGAAAAAAAUAAAACUAUAACAAUGGCAGAGGGCCUUGUGCAAGAGAGUAAAAAAUCCCUUAAGAUGGAGGCUUCAAUGGAGAAACAGUUGAAUGACUUUGAUCUAGAGAGAGAACAACUGAAAAAUCGUCUUGGUAAAAGUGAUAGUAAAAACAAAGAAUUACAGUCCCAGGUGGAUGUUCUACAAAUGCAGGUAGAUGCACUGCAGAAACAGUUGAUGUCGUCAGCUUCCACUGCCAAAGAUUCUCAACAAAGCAUAGAGAUAAAAUCUUCUCCUGCUCGAGGAGGUACAGAAAGGUUAGGAGGAGCCACUCUAACAGUAGUUAGUCCCACGAUAGGUAAACCUGUGCCAAAAUCUUCAAAGCCAGUGGUUGUGGAUGGAGGAGUUCGAAUCUCCGAAGAUAGACCCUAUUCUCCAGCAGGGAUUGGAGAAAACGCUGUUCUAAAGACUGUUCGUUAUGGAGUUAACUCUCCUGCUCGGUCCCCCGAGAGGAGUGCAAUGGCUGGAUCAGAUACAUCUGAAAUGAGAGUAGGCCCCGUAGGGGCUGUAUCUGUUGAUAAGUCAGAGAACUACCGAGGCUCUGGUACAAGAAUUGGUAUUGCCCCAGGGACCUCAGCUGUUAUAUCGUCUGGAGGCAAAAUGUUGACUGUGAAUGUAGCCUCACAAAAUGCUAACAAUCCAAAUAUCAGUGCUGCCAACACCUCUCCACGCAAAAUGGUCCCACUAGGCAGGGGAACACCACCCCCUCUGCCCCCUAACAAGCCUGUGUUGAACUCCCCAGUUCCGGGGAAGCCGGCCCCUCCCCCCAAAGUUGGGGUCUCUGUGUGCAAAGACACGCCCAAUGACUCAAGUAAUCGUGCAACACCUAAAGCUGUGCACAUACCUGUGAGUGUUGUGCAUGGGAGUGGCGGGGCGGGGCGGCAGUCUGCUGGUACAGAUUCCUCCUCUCCCAUGAGGAAGCCCGCGCAGGUUUGUGUAAAUGCAACUGGUUUGGAACUGUGUAUGACCCUCAGUAUUGACAACUCAAUUGGUACUGCAUUAAACUUGGCAAGCUCAGGUGCUGCUCCAGACCUGAGACAGGGACUGGUCUAUGCUGACAUGGUCGCCAUGUCCUUUAACAAAAACACUUUCCAAAAUGCAGUGGAUGGCAAUAAACUUCUCCUUUAUGCUGUUCAGGAAAUUUGGUUGACUCCCGAAGCUUUGGAUGUUGUUACUACCCCUGAUGUCGCGCCUCCUCUAACCUCUCAGUCCCCUGGUCAUGCACCAGUGCACUCGCAGUUACCAGCUACUGCUCUUGAAUUCCUGGGGCCAGAAAUGGCGGACCUUCAACAGCUUUUAUCCUCCAUCAUGACAGAUACGGAUAGUUCACAUCAUUUAGCCCCUCCCCCUACAUCUGCUCUGCCUAACUGCUCCCCUACCCCUGCCGAUAUUGUCUUCUCACCAAUCCACAAGCGUGCUCAUGAUGGUGACCAGGAUGCCUUGCGCCAACUCAUUCUUGAUAGGGAGGCUGAUGUGAACCUCCCCCUCAAGGACGGGACCACACCCCUUCUUUGUGCUGCGGAGUCUGGACACCAGGAGUGCGUGUCAAUUCUCCUGGAUCAGGGUGCCAACCCAAAUUCCUGCCGUGAUAACAAGUACAGUCCUCUCCAUGCUGCUGCAGUUCAGGGACACAAAAUGUGUGUACAGGUGCUACUGGAACGAGGAGCCAUACCAAACCUAACAGAUCACCAAGGAUGGACACCACUGCAUCUGGCCGCAACUCAGGGGCAUACAGACUGCUGCAAGAUACUAUUGGACUAUGGGGCACAGCUGACUGUAUACUCUAAUACCAGUUGGACACCACUCCAUUGUGUUGUUCACCCUGGACAUGUUGAAUGUCUGCAUGCCCUUCUGACAUAUAACCCCCGAAGCCCCCAUCGUGACCCUCCAGGAUCCCCUUCUACAGCCUCUCAGAGUGAGGGCACUGUACAGAGAGCCAUCAAUAUGGCUGACAAGGACGGCUGGACAGUUUCAUAUGUUGCUGCCAUCAGACCAUUGCCUGAUUGCCUUGGUGUUAUAAUGAACAGAUGUGAAGUAAACCUCCAGCAUCAGGAUCGAUGUGGACGCACCAUUAUGGACAUUGCUUCAGUGCCAUGCAAAGAGUUUAUACAGCAAAGAACAGGAGGAAAGGAUCUUCUUUUGACUAUCACAUUAGAGAUACAGUACCCUAACCUGUCUGACGAUUUCACAACGCUACACCUACCCAGCCAGAAGUUUGUCAUAGGGAGUCUGUCAGUGGAAGCAGGUCUAAGCUGGGCCGGACUUGAAACACGUCUCAAACACUCUCUUUCCAACUACUUUUCACAAAUUGAUACCGGCCUUCGCACCAAACGCACCAGUCGUCUGGACCCAGACCUUGGCAUGGAUAACAUACAGUACAGCCUGGGUCUGGAUUCCGAGUGUAUACACAUGUUCUCUAUAGGAGACUACAGAUGGGUUCACGGGUCCCAUAGCAACACACUACCACAUACUCUGAUCCGGGAAAGUAGUCGAAGGGAGAUAACCAUUAUUCUUGCAAAUUCUGUGGAAUGUGUAGCCUGGGAUGUAUUGUUUCCUGUUUCGGUUGUACAUAACUACAUACGACUGCUGGAACACUACAAGAGUGUUGUGUUUUAUGGACCUGAGAAGACUGGCAAGACCUAUCUUGCUCAUCGAUUAGCCCAUCUAGUCGCUAGAAAUGAAAAAGAAAGUGGGAAGGUUCCACAGAUUCAUAGUAUUGUUCUACACGAGAGUUUCUGUCAUCGUGAUCUCAUCAAUUUACUGCAAAGUACAGGUUGUAUGGUACGGGAAGGUGUCGAGGCAGAUGACCGUGCCCCAAUCCUCAUUUUGGAUGACCUUGAGAAGGUGGAUGUGGCUGUCCUCUUUGGAAAGUUACUUACAGCAAUAGAACACAGGGGACAGUUUCAUACAUUCACUGUUGAGGGAGAAAACCAAGCCCGGUUCUAUUUCCUGGAUAAUUUCUAUAUCAUUGCCAGUAUGAAUAAAUCAAGAUCCACAGGAUUAGACUUGAACAUACAACAAAGGUUUCGCUGGGUACAUUUUCGAAUUGAUAUAGAACCAGUGCGUAACCUGUUGGCCAGACAUCUUCUACGUAACUUUAUCCACAUGGGUGAUGGCCAACUGCCUGUGAUGGACAGUAUGAUGUUCCGUGCAGUGGAAUGGAUUGUUUGUGUAUGGCAGAGACUUAAUGAUGGUGUGGCAAAGCUGGGCUUACCUGACGUAAUGUUUGGUCCAUACCAGUUUAUUAUGUGUCCUCUGCACUCCAAAGACCCGAAUACUAUUUAUAACUGGUUGUCAGGACUCUGGAACAACCUUAUAGCACCUACAGUCAAGGUCGCUGUGGUCAAAGGCACUGGCAAAGAUACAUCGUCUGACGGUCAACAGAAGGUGGCUAACACUGCAUUGUAUGUCCUAAUGCAGAAAGCUGUUGUACCAGGCUGUCCACUCUCUGGUCCAGGUAAGGAACAGUAUUUGUCUACAUUUGCUGGUAGUAAUGAACUAGACAUUCCUAUGAAGCAGGAGAAGAUGAAGGUGGGUAGCUCCUCUAAUCAUCGGCGGUCACUCGACUCCUCUAAAGGGAUCUUCAGCAGAAUGAAACACAGGAAUUCUUAUGAUGCUGAUAGUCGAGACCAGUCCCAGCUCCAACCUCAUCCAAAACGUCGUAGUUUGUCAUCACUCUCUAAUAGGUCAGAGGAGGAUUUCGACAUGACAAAUAUAAAAAUGGAGGAAGGGAGUAACAGUUCCUUGGCUAAAGUUCCAAAACUAGAGAUCCGCUCCCCAAUCCUUUCCAUACCUUUCCCUGCUCCUGGAUCAUCAACAGCUAGCACCUCUCACACUCCAACAUCUGCACCAGUCCAGACUUUCAGUAAUUCAGGAUUGACUUCUGAGCGUGGUGUACGUUCGUUUUCUAUGUCAUCACAGUCUUCUUCCCUCACUGAUGGAAAGAAAUUUACCUCCCAUUUACCGAUAGCUACACGAAAGUCUCGGUCAUCAGAAAAUCUUUCUUCAACAUAUGGUUCCGGAUCAAGUCAAAGUCGGAUGACUCCUCGACUUCGGUCGCCAAGUCCCUUCUCUUUCUCGUUGACAACCCCUACCUCAGCUUUGAAUUCUUUCAAAUUCCUAGAGGUGAAAUCAAGAACAGAAGUGACUCAGGCAAAGUCUGGGUCACGUAGAAGUUUAGAUUCUUCUCUUGAUCGACCUCACAAGAUUUCAGAACCCUCCAAAAGCCAACUUGCCUCAGGCAGUCAUCAGGAAAGUGAAUGCUGACACAGUGUAUACAGGGUUUCCGAGGUUUAUAACAGUUGUGAUAGAAUGUUGACUUGCAAUUGAAGACACUUAUUCUAUUUCUUUAUUUGGAAAAUCAGUAGAUUUUUCUCCAGUUGUUGUUCAAUACUAUUUUAAAUAGGGCUUAUUUCAGGGAAAGCAUUCUUUGCUUUAGAAUAUGUUAUGGGUUUGAAGAAUACCAUACAGUUGAUAUAUUUAUAAAAGUUAUCAUGGAUUUGGACAUAAUAAAUUGUCUUGACAUUCAAGUUAUCUCCUUUGCGAAGAGAGGCUGUAUAUGGGCAGCUGGGUGUGAGCUCUGUGGGUUUACUUACAUGGUGGAGGGUUCAUUCAGUCACAACAUAUAAUGAUAUCUGAGUCAUUCAAGCCAUUCAUAAUUACUGUUUACUUUUUUCACAAUGUGGUUCUCUUUAAGCUUUCAUAUAUUUUAUGUGAUUUUACCAGCAGGCUUUCUUCAGCAAGAUUAACCAUGUUAUAACAAUGUCAUUUAAGAUUCAGAGUUGUUUGUCAGAAUUCAGUCUUGUUUGUCAGAAUUUACACUCGUUUGUCAGAAUGCAAACUUUGAUUUUUGAUCACAUUAAUAUCUUCUGACUUGAAAAAAAAGACAAUGAAAUGUCACUUUACAAAAUCAUGGUUGGAAUUACAAUAGUAUUUUUAUGAUUGAACUUUUACAACUUGCAUCAUGGAUUCAGUCUGUGUUUUAUGGUUGAACUUUUACAACUUGCAUCAUGGAUUCAGUCUGUGUUUUAUUUUAAGAAAAACCACCAGCUGUAAAGCUGAUGUUUUAUGAAAGUAUAUUGUUUUUAUACAGUUGAGGAUACUCAACUGUGUAUUUUUAUCAUCAAGUUUUAUAAAUUAAGCUGAUUAAACAGAAAUUUCAUGUGUUCAUAGAAACAUUUUUACAAUACGUGUAUAGAAACAUGUUACUAUGCUAUAUGUAAACAUUAUUUGUAGUAAAUUAUCAUAUACCAUUAUAUCACCUGUGCAAUGAUGAAACAAAAACAUCAAAUAUUAUUUCUAAGUUGAUGAUGUGUUGCUAAAGGACUAUUUAAAUUACAUUCAGGAUCAUUAUACUGUAUGUUGGGCAAACAUUUAACUCCAGGUUUUUUCACCUUUGAUUCAAAUUGUUCACUUUUGCCGAAUGUUAAAUUCACCUUGAAAAAAUAAAGACAUGUGUUUUGGUUCUAACAUUAAACUUCAGCCCACUUCUCAGUUUCACCCUAUUUGUAAAAAAGUUGAAAUAGUGAAAGUCAUACUGCGGUGAAACUUUCCCUGUAUCAACAGUAUAUAAAUUUAUACAGCCUCUUGGUCAGUGUAAAAUAUAUGUAUUUACAUUGAAAAAUAUUUAAACAAUACCUGUUGAUAUGUAUACCUGAUUUUGUAUAUUUUAAACUUUAAUAUUGAUACAUAAAGAGAGUUUUGUGCUGAUCACAAGAAUGGCUUUAAAAUCAAAGUUAGUGUAAAAUGUCUCAUCUUCAAGUGAAAUGUUAAUUUUUGAAAAUGAUUUAUAUACAAAUAAUUUACUAUUUUUAAUGUAUUCAAGAACAAAAAUGUUUCUGGUGAUGUAUGUUAUUUAACAAGUUUUUACAUGUUGAUUGGGUAGAUCCCAUAAUUAUGAUGAUUAUAAACAAAUAGAAUCUCCCAUUAUUGUGCCUGGUAGAGGCUAAAGUUAACAGGAGAUCUGUGAUACCUUUUUUAUGACAUUUAGCAAUAAUCCAGAGAUUUGGUUUGGUAUUUGUGUCUCAAACAUUUCUUCCACUGUACUAUUUUUCUGAUAUAAUGCUUUGUCCAAAACCUGUGUUCUAAUUUCUGUAUGAUACUUGGUAUUGUGAGAGAUCUGAAGUUACAUGUGACAUUAGAAAACACAUGCAAAUACAGAAGGUGCCAAAAGAUAUAGCUUCCUUGUAAAACAGAAGAAAUGUUGUAGCUUUACUAAGAUGUUCAACAAAUCUGUAUCAGAUCUACAUCUUAUAGACAAAGAUAGAUGCGACAUUGCUCCCAGAUUCUGCCUGAUGCCAUUUAUAACUGCCUUCCAUUGUGUUCAUCAGAGAAAUCAAUUGUAAAUUUUACUUGUAUCAUAAUGUCUGAUUGAAUUGAAAUUUUGUAUUUGUGUUUUUAUGUAUAGUGGUACAAGUGUACAGGUUGAUUCCUACAAAUUCUGUUGCAGUGAAAAGCUGAAAACAUUGACUGUAAAAUGAGUAAAGUUAACGAAUGGUAUGAUUUUCCUUGAAUUUUUAGGUAAUGUUAGUUAUUAAGUAGACAAUUAAUGAGAAUUUUAAACAUUUUCUUCAGGUUGGUAAUGUCAGUAGAAUGGAAGUUCCUAUCACACAACCAGUAGAAAAUUAGAGUGUGAUGUUUUGAUGACUACACAGUCACCUUCAUCAGACAAAUGACCAGUGUGGAGCGUACUAGCACUGACUUACGUAGCGUACGAGAUCUACACAGUCACCUUCAUCAGACAAAUGACCAGUGUGGAGCGUACUAGCACUGACUUACAUAGUGUACAAGAUGGUGAGGAACUGACCAAGUGUGGAGCGUACUAGCACUGACUUACAUAGUGUACAAGAUGGUGAGGAACUGACCAACUUUUUCGUCUGUUUAAUCUGUUUACCAUCUUGUCACAUUAUUUUUUAUCUUAGUGUACAUAGGAUUAAAGUACAACCAAAAAAGUUGGUUGAUUCCUUACAAUCUCAUACACUACGUAUGUCAGUCAUUUGUCUGAUGAAGGUGACAGUGUAGAUCUCAUACACUACGUAUGUCAGUCAUUUGUCUGGUGAAGGUGACCGUGUAGAUCUCAUACACUACGUAUGUCAGUCAUUUGCCUGAUGAAGGUGACUGUAAUCAUCGAAACAGCAUACUCUAAUCUCCUACUGGUUGUGUUAUUAGAAUUUGAUUUUAAAUGUAAGUAUUUGGUGAAUUUUGGGUUUUUUUUUUUUAUUCAAAAUAUCAUGUCAACAAAAUAAUAUUUUCUUGGAAAAAUCCCAAAACUUUAGCCUUAUGAAAAAAUCCCCAAACUUUAGCCUGAUGAAAAAAUUUACUGUGGCUUAAUUUGAAUGAUCACACUGAAAAUGUAUACCGUUUACAUAUAUAUGUAUUGUUUUUUUUUAUAAAAAGGUUCAAUGAGAUUUUAAAUAGAUCUGCAGUAGCCCUGAUGUAAUUAUUGCAGUGCAUAGUUUCAUCACAUGCCAUAGAUAUAUUGCUUUCAUUACAUAAAUGAUACAUCCAUGUUUGAAGUACUUAGACGUGUAAUAUGUUUACCAUGUGACUCCAUCAGUACUUCACUUCAUCAUAUCACAUGACUACAAUGUGACUUCAUCAGGUGAUUGCCAAUUGAACUGCAUCUCAUUACUUAAAAUUACAAAAUAACAAACAUGAUUGCCAUGUGAAUGAAGUCCUCCAGGUGGUGGCAAAUUGAUUACUAUAAUUACUAAAUUACAUGACGGCCAUGUGACUCCAUCAGAUAAUGGCUGUUAUUACAUCACAUGACAGCCAAUUCUACUACAUCACGUGACUGCCAUGUGACUUCAUCAGGUGAAGGCCAUAUUUCUGGAUAUACCACAUAACCACACUUGAUUAUUUUGGCAUAUUUUGACAAAAUUUAUAAGUUUUUGAAGAUUUACCUACUGUAGAGUGAACUUCUAAAUAAAUUGAAAAGUUAUCUUUUGGCUUGAUUUCAGAUGUUGUUAACGAAAGCAUAACUUUCCUAGUUACACUCUUGUCGUUCUGAAUUUCUAGAUCACGAGAGUAAUGAUCUCACAGCUACAGACGUUAGUGGUACCAUACACUGAGUAUAUAAAGAUUAUAACAAAAUCCUGAGAUAUCAUAGAAUAACUUGAUAAAUAGGAUUGAAGUUAGACUGACCCAACAAAUAUUGAAGUUCAGAUUCACUUGUGGUGCCAGUGUUAUUACAAAUGCUGCAUCAUUAUGAACUCUGUUUGCUUUUUGGACAAUAUCUGGAUUGAUGGGGAAAGAAAGGUUAUCAUAAUUAUAUUACAGAACUUUUUUUUAACUCAUCAUACAUAUCGGCUCUUGUAUAAUUCCAAAGUGAUUGUUUACAUGUCUUCCAAACUGUUUUUUAUUUUUUGUUUGUUUUUUAAGGAAAAGUCUAUAUUGUUUUUGGAGAGGCAGCUUAUACUAACUAUAUGUCAAGCAAGUGAUGAAGAUUUCAUGUACAUAAUACUGUUAUUAUCAAUGAUAAUCCCAUGCUCUGUCCAUCCUUUCAUUAAACAGAUUUUUCAUAUAUCUGAAAGGAAGCCCCAAAACUUACUGAGCUCUGGACAAUUUAGAGGUACAUACUAAAGGUGACGAUUUGUCGUUCAUGAAUUAUUGAUAAAACGUUUCUGUGUUUGGAACACAAAAUUGUAACUAUGUUUAGUCAUUUUUUUUCACAAAGUAAUGAUGGAUAUCUUAUUCUUUCAAAAGACUAACUUUUUUCUUAUUUUAUAAAAACAAAACUUCACAUCAUUUCAUAUAUGAGAGUAUGUUGUUAACAAAAGUAAGAACAAAUAUUGUUGAGAAAUUUGUAGAAACACCUUUAGUGGGUGAAACUAGGAUGACAGUAUCAGAAUGAUAUCAACAUAGUUGAUUUUGAUCAAUGGAUGCCAGAUUGAAAAACUCUAAUCAGUUAUUCAAAUGUGCAUUGAAAAGAGAUUUUGACAAGAUUCUCAAUAAACAAAAUGUUUAGAAGAUUUACUCUUGUAAUGUUAGGAAGAACCAGGAUACAAGGUGAUGUGUGUUUAGUAAGGAAUUUUAUCAUACCCUCAAUUUUUAUAGUUCAAAAUUUUCUGUCUCAUCGUUCAUUGCUGGUUCAGGUCCUAUUAUCUGGUGGAUUAGGGUUAGGGUCUAGCAGCAAUACUCUGUUAAUUGUGACCGUUGUUUAACAAUAUUCUGGUGUUCAGAUUGUUCUAUCUUGUGUUAAUGCCCUUAGUUUCAGUUUGUUGGUUUGUUUGUUUUUAUUUAUAUGUAUUUCUCUCUGUUAGGUCUUGUCUCACAAACGUUAUUGUUCCAGCAAUGUGUGCCUCGUUCAGAGAUCCAGUUCCUUAGGCUGAGAUUCCAUAAUUUCACUAGUAAUUCUACAGUUGUUCAGUCCUUUUGCUUCGCUUUGUUAAAUAAUUUGGUUUUGAAAUUUCAUUUUCACAAUAUCAUGAGUGGAUUGUCAAAAUAAUAACAUUGAAGGUUUGUUUUCACACUGAAGUGUUCCUAAAUUAACUGAAGCAUUUUGAAUUAUAUUUAUUUGUGAAAAUAUUUUCAUGUUAAGUCGGCAUCCCUGCAAUUGUUUAAUGUUAUAUAAAACUGAUUUUUACCUUUCAAAUUAUCCUGAUGACUAGUACACACAUACCACUGUACCAGUGCUAUCCACAUACAACAGUGGGCACUCGUGUACUAAAUUGUCUCUUACCCUGUGUGUGUAACUUUUCUAAAUUUUGUGUUCCAAAAAUGGAUUUCACUUAACAUUUGGACAUCAUUUUAACACUUCAGUGCAAUUGAAAUUUUGCAAAAAGCUUGAUGUAUUUUAUUGGAAAGAAUAUAUAGAGGAUUGUUAACUGCUUUGUUGACUGUAUGUAACAACUCCUUUGUCUAAAUGUCUUUUCCAUAAAUUUCAAAUUCACUGUGAUUUGAAAACAAUUUAAUUUCUUUGUAUAAAAUAUUCAUUGUCCUAAAUAAAAUAUGUUUCUGCUGUUAUUUUGACACAAGGUGUUAAUUAAAAUCUGUAUUUAAAGGUAUACAUGAGAGUUUGUGUACCUGGCUGUCUUAUAUUCCAAAGAACUGUACAGUCAAUGUUUUACUUAUGUUGUACAACAAAACAAACUUGUUGAAUUUUACCUGCUUCAGACAGAACCAGAAUAAAAAAUAUUGUUACAGUG